AUGCAGAAGAAGAAAAAGAUGCCAAAAUUGAAGAAGGAAUUAAUAACCAACGUAAAGUCACAUUACGUUAGUUUUCAGAACAAAAGAAAGUGCUUGGAAAAGAAGGCGUUCGAAUUAUCUACUCUUUGCGAUGUUGAAGCCUGCUUGGUAGUUCAUGGUCCAGACCACCGCGGUCUGAUUGAUGAUCAGCAGCCCCACAUGUGGCCUAAUGAUCCUGAUACAAUCCAGCGUAUGUUCGCCUUGUAUAAGCAACAAUCCAAUGAAAAUCGUUGCAAAUUGACCCUCGAUUUAUCUGACUUCUUAGAAGACAACCCGAAGAAGAGGAAGAUGAAGAUGAAGAAAGAGGCUGAUGAAACAACUUCUUCAGUAAUUGUAAAAGUAGAGGACAAGAAAGUUGAUGAGACCACAAAGAAUAUCAAGUUUGCCACUUCGGAUGAUGGGUUUAACAAUCUGUCUAUGGAACAAUUGAGAGAAUAUUGUACCAAGUUGGAAGAAAGGAUUGAAUCCAUCAAAGGUAGGGUUCAGUUCUUGAACUCUAAUUACCAAAACACGGAAGACAUCUUUCUUGAUACACAAGAAACCCAUUCUAAUUACUUCAUGCCAUUGGAGGAACAACCGAUUUCCUUCUUCAGCGAUCUUGAGGUGCCGGAUCAUUACCCACAAUUUGAUCUCUCAAUUUCGGAUUCGAUGAUGAACAUGAUGGGCGAUGAAGACUGCAUUGGAGUUGGUGGUGCUUCUUCUAGUAGCCAUAUAAUGUUAUACAAUAGCAGCACUCCUACAAAUACUAUUCCAAUUUUUUAUGAUCCAACGUUUGGGGUAAUGGAGGAGAAUCCAACCAUACCACCGAUGAUGAAUGAUGAAGAAGAUGGUAGUGGACUUAGUGGUAUUGAUUUCAACAGUUUUGAUGAUCUAACUUUUGGUAUGUUUCUGGACAAUGGUAUGUUUCUGGAUAAUGCGAUUAUGGAUGAUCCGAUGUGUUACUAUGGUGGUUCGACGAUGCAACCGAUGUAUAUGCAUGCUUAG